UUACAUUUCCGGUAUUUCGAUGCUCGGAUUACCCGCAGAGAUGUACGUUUACGGGACACAAUUGUGGAGUAUCAUUAUUGCCGAUUUCUUCGUUUCCCUUACAAUGGCCAUAGUUUAUUUGCCAGUUUUUUACGGACUUCAAAUUACCUCCUCCUACGAGCAUGGACCCGGAUCCUACUGUGAGGCAUACUUUCUGGACCGUCGUUAUUGGUAAUUACCUGAAUUGGCUGGCCACUUGUUCGGUUAAUCAAGCAAUGGUGCAAAGGUGUCUGGCAAUGCCCAAUUUGAAAAAAUCCAAUAUAACAAUCAUGAUAAUGGCUGUUGGUAUAGUAACAAUUGUUUCUUUAUGCUGCUACACCGGAAUCGUUAUUUUCGCAGCAUUCUACAAGUGUGAUCCCAUAUCAACGAAGCAAAUACGGAAACCCGAUCAGUUGUUGCCAUACUUUGUGAUGGAGAUAGCACGAUCGAUACCUGGUUUACCUGGGCUAUUCGUUUCUGGAGUUUUCAGUGCUGCUCUCAGCACAAUGUCAACCGGUUUGAAUUCAAUGUCCGGCGUUAUUUACGAAGAUAUAAUAAAACCCUGCUUGAGAAAACCAAUAUCUAACGUUGGUGCUAGUAGAAUAAUGAAAUUAAUAGUCAUUGUUAUUGGUAUCAUUUGCGUUGGAUUGGUUUUCUUAGUUGAAAAACUCACCACAUUGAUUCAGGCUGGUAAAAGUUUAUCGGGUAUAACAGCUGGUCCACUUUUAGGAAUUUUCACGUUGGGCAUGUUUUUUCCAUUUGCCAAUUCUACGGGUGCAUUAAUAGGUGGUAUAAUCAGUUUAAAUCUAGUUGCUUGGAUAUCAUUUGGUACCCAAGCUGCCAUUUCUAAUGGUAAAAUAAUCUUCACGGAAAAACCAGUUUCCGUGGAUGGAUGUGUCGACACGUUGAAAAUUACAGCAGCAAAUAUGACGGUUAUCGUUGAAAAUGCAGUCAGAGAGCAACCAUUCUUUUUAUAUCGAAUGUCCUAUUUAUGGUACACGUGGGUGGGAUUUCUUACAGCGAUUUUAAUCGGCGUUAUUGUCUCCUGGAUUACUGGCCCGAAUAAAUACAAAAUAGGAGAUAUAAAACUGUACACGCCUAUCAUACACGGUUUCUUACGUUCUAAAGUUUCUAAGAAAAGGAACAAGAUGGAACUUAAAAGGAGAGGAGCAGAAAGGAAAGACGUACAUCAGUCAUCAGGAUGUUAGCGAAUAUCUUGUAUUCUAAAUUACAUAAGUAAAUACCAUAAAUUCAGACUGUGAUUUUCUAGUAA